AUGGGGCAGACCUUUAUGAAAGGCCAGGCACAAGGCUCCAGUGCAAAGAACAGAGCAGAAUGUCAGAAACAUACUGAUGAUCUGAAUGCUACUCAUUUUCAGUUUGGAGCUGAUUUGAAUGGGUAUGGUACAGAAACAAGACACUCCUUCAAGAACAAGUUAGAAAACUCUACAGAAGAAGUUGGCUCCACAAACACAGCUUCCAAGACAGCUUUGGAGACUUACAAAUCAAGUGUAUUUAGACAAGGUGAUUGGAAUGUCGCUGAACCAUGCUCUGUGCGACACUCAGUCACUUGCAAUGAUUUCCACAUCAAACCAUUUUCUAGCAAGACUGAUGGAUUCACAGAUAUGAAGCAGCAAGGUGAAGAAAGACAGGCUGAAUCAGAAGAAUAUCCAGUCAACCCAAGAGAUGAUCCUAACCAUCCCUACUAUCAACGCAGCACUCACUUUGUGGUAAGCUCAUGUACACACGACACACAUUUUUACUAUAACUGCAGGAAUUCUUGUGUGCUCAUUGGCUAAUUUUCAUUGUCAAUAAGCAGAGUGACACAUGAAAUUAUAAUUUAUGCGAUGUGCCAAAGAGCGACA